UCUCUCUCUUUCUCUCCUACCUUUUCUUUAUAACCUAUUCACACACACACCCCCCCCCUUUUUUUUUUCUUACAAGCUAAAACGACUAUUAACUUUUCCACUCCUUUUAUUUCUAAGAACAAUAAAAUUACAUUCCUUUAAAUAUACACGUUUCGUUUCGUUUCUUUUUAUUUAUUUAUUUAUUUAUUUUUCCUUUCAUUUAUUUAUUUAUUUUAAAAUAAAAUGGCUACUAUCACAGUUCCAAAUACUCAACAACGUCAAUCUUCUGAGGAUUCAAAGAAAAGGACUCGUGUUACACCAUCUCAACUUACAAUCUUGGAAGAAACAUUUACUAUUAGCUCUACACCGGAUUCAAAGAUGAGAAAACAAUUAUCUUAUAGAUUGCAAAUGCCUGAAAGAUCUAUUCAAAUAUGGUUUCAAAAUAGAAGAGCUAAAGUUAAAAUGUUACAAAAAAGAGCUUUAUUACGUCAAGAACAAGAAGCUACAAGAGCAAGGUUGUGUGCUCAAGUCAAUUCACCUUAUGGUUAUCCAUAUUGGUAUUUACAACAACAACAUUGUAUACCACAAAAAUUACCUGCUCACAGAGCUUGGAGUACUGAUUUAGUUGUAGGUCCCACAAACCAGUUUAUACCUCCUCCUCCUCAUCCUCCUCCUCAUCCUCCUUUUUCUCAGUUACUUCAAUAUGAUUCUCCUUCUAAUCAUGAAGAUAUCUAUAGUUUAACUAUUUCACCUUCACCAACCCCACAAUCUUUUACUGCACCACGAAGAUUAGAAAGUGAACCUUUACAUAAUACAACAACUACAACAUUACCAAGUGGUGUAAUUACAGCUACUUCAGUCACUAUUGGAUCUUGGCACAGAAUGAAAAUUAGUCAACAAGAUUUGAUGUGUUAUUAUAAAUUAAAUGAAAGAUCCUUUUCUUGGCAUAUUCGAGAUAGUAAUUAUCAUUUCAAAAUGAUGAUGUCAUUUGAUAGUAUUACAUCUAUUGAACUUAAUGUACUUGAAGAUCAUAUUUCAGCUCAAAUUGAUAUUGACUUGAUUGAGCCUCCCAUCUUUUUUAUGGAAAAAGAGAAUGCAAAUUGGAUUCAAUGUAGUGAUUUUACUGAAGGUAUUCAAGCUUCCGUUGUUUUGCGUCAUACAAUUCGUGGUUUAGCUUCUGAUCUUCGACAAGAAUUACUUGGUAUAGCUAGUACAGAUGAAAGAUUAUGUCAACUUACACGUUUCCCAGCGGCAAUUGAUCUUUUAAUGACACCUUCAAUAGAUCAAGCUCUUUUAAUAAAUCAACAACAAAACUGGAGACAUCAAAGUGUACCCAUUUCCUCAUCUUCUCCUAUUACUAAAGAUUGUUGGAUUCCACCUUCAUAUCCCAAUUAGAUUUUUUUUUUUUUUUUAAUUCUAAUUUAUUUUUUUUUUAAUACUAUUUAUUUUUAAUACAAGAACAAAGAAAAUAUAUUUAAGUUGCAUAUUAUUAUUAUUAUGAAACAAAAGAAGAAGGAAAUUUUUUACUUCUUUUUUACAAUCGGUAUUUCCACAUUUAGUAUUGACAUGAUUUAACAAAAGUGAAUAUUUAUUUUAUUGUAUAACGUCUUUUUUCCCUUUUCCUUUUCCU